UGGCGGCAACUACAUGAACAAUGGCAACAUUGAGUAUCCAUUCGAUACGAAUUCCAAUCAAUACAAUUUAUGGAAACCAUCAAGUGCUUACUUUCCCAGAGGUGAAGCACCACCACCAUACGAAGAGGCCGUUGCACAGGGUGCUGAUACAAUUAACGCACAAUGCACGGUUAGUGUGGCCACAACGCACUCGGCACCGAUUUCAACUGGUACAACCAUGGUCGAAAGUUCAUUCGACGUUCAACCGACUGCCAUUGCCACGAGCACCACAAAUCUCAUCAAUAUCAAUAUAAGCAAUUCAGGAAACAUAACGGCCGUCGCAACUGGCGAAAACCAUCAAAUCAACAAAUGCUACAGCACAAUAGCACCAAACGCACAAUUGAGACUACAACCGAGUACUCAACCACGAUCCACACAAUAUACACCUCUGCCAUUGGCAACAAAUCAUACUACUGAACCUCAACAACGAUCUCCAUUGGCUGCAAAUGUCAAUCAAAUCGAAGUAUUUGGAUCGGAUUUGAAUGCGAUUUCCACAAUAGCUACGACUACUGCCGAAACGAAUACCGAUGCAUUGCUAUGCAAUUAUAAGAAUUGCUCGAUUUCGAACUCGUUGACCAAGCCCAAGAAUAGAAAUGAUGUCGUUUUUCAGACACCACAACACAAUCGUGUUAAGAAAAAUGGCGAGGCAAGCUUGGCUCUGAUGCGAAACCAACCGAACAACACAAUUUUACCACCACCACUGUUUGAUGAAUCGACCACAAUGUCAACGGCAACGCUACCAUUACUUCCGAAUGAUUCGAUUCGUCAGUUGAAAUCACGACGUCAUCAUCGGACAAUCCCAAGACACUUUACGCUUAAUGACACGGCCAACAAUCCGAAUGCCACCAACCCAAAAACAAAGGCCAAUGAAGAAAAAACGGGUCAGAAUUGCUCUGGAACAGCAACGUUGAACAAAAAGUCCAUUUGCCAGUGCCCAGUGCAGCAUGUUCCAAUGACUUAUAUGGGCUCCGCCUAUCUCAAUUUAACACGUAAUCAGCAAACAAAUGAAAUGCUCCUGAGCACAUUGACGAAAAAAUGGUCCAGCCAAAAAGCGCAUGUGGCCAAAUCGGCUUCAUUCACAUCGACACCAAGCAUGGCAUCGACAAAUAUAACGACCUCCUCUACAGCACUCGGAUACAAUCGUAAUUCAGCAUCGGGCCUUCUGAGUGCAAUCAAUCCACCGAAAGCGAAUAGCAAUGGCAGCUCCACGGCAGCUGAAACUCAAACGAAUGCGGUGCAUCAACCAAAAACACCAUCGAAAAUUUCGACGAUCUCAAAGCAAAUUGGUCACAAUGAACUGAACACCAUUGCUCACUCACAAGUACAGCAACACAGCAAUGAUUCAUCAAAUGAUGUGAAAUCAAUGCAAGAACUAUUACCAAUCAGCAUUAAUAACAAUGGCAAAGCCAGUAACUCGAAUCCGUUGAAUGGUUCGAAAAUUGUAGCGAAUUUGGAAGGCGAUGGCAUGACACUAGUUCCAAAUGCAACAAACCCAGUGCUGCCACCGAAGCUAUCGAAAGCCCAAAUUUUUAGUCGUCAGGCUGAGUGUGUGCCAAGCAUAUCAAAAUUGACAGCAUCAACAAAUUGCACAUCCGGACUACCAGCCAAUGGACUGACAAUGACCAGCUCGCUCACGAAUCAUUAUCGUUUGUCGGGUCGCGAACGAAGUAAAUCACCAGCCGCUGACAAAACUUAUUCAAUGGUCACACCGUUGAAUCUAGGCGCCGAUCAGAAAAUUUAUCACAUCAAAACCACCUAUCCAACGACGGCCAAUCUUACACUAGCCAGCAAUCAUUUCACCUUUCCGAAACCAUCGAGUGUGACCAAACCACUGCUAAGUGUAAAAAAUCAAAGCAACUCACAAAAUAUGGCAAGCAGUUCGCAAUCGAAAUUUUUGCAAUCAAAAGUGCACAGUAGCUCAUCGAAAGCCAAGAAGAUAAUGCCUUCGUCAUUGCAUAAUAAUUUGAACUUGCGCCAAGAGUUACAAACAAGUGACAUUCUCAACCAAACGACCAAUCAAAUUGAUGCGCAUCGUAUGCGAAAAACUGACAAUGAUAAACCGUUGCCAGUGUGCACAACCUUUACCAAUUGCUCAAAUCCAAAGGAACAUUUUUUGCCAAACGACACCAGUUUGGACGAUGAUUAUUUAAGUGAAUGUGAAAAUUGUAAAUCGGCCCAUGGAUCGCGCUAUUAUCUUGACGAAGAGCAUGUGGAUCAACCACAGGAAACGAUGACGUUGCAACGAAAAAUGGAUGAAAAAGAAUGCGAUGAACAACCAUACUAUCGUACUUCAUCAACACUGCCAACAAACACGAAGCAAAAGACCACCGUCAUAAAAAAUCGUGAGCCAUGGUUUAGCACCAUUCCAGGAAGUUCAUCAUCCGAGGAGGAUGCAAUCGAAUGAGAAUUAAUCCAAUCGUCAAUGAUUUAAACGUGUUUUACAAAUGGAUUUAAAGAGAAAAAAUGGAUGUACCAGUAUUACACAGGCCAAAGAAAUGUAAUGAAACAAAAGAGAAACAAAACCGAAUCGGAUUUUAAUCCGCAUAUUUAAUGCUAAUUUUAAAAAACAAAUUAUCAACGUUUAGAUAAUAGUUGAAUUUUAUCAAAGAAAUGACAAACCAAAACGAUAUAGGAAUUUUACUUUUUCGAGCAAUAGCUCUCUAAAUACAACAAACUAGGCUAGUUUGAACACCGUCCACCGAAUUAAAUUCGGUGGUAUUUAUGUGUAAUAUUAACGUCUGAUUGCGCUCAUUUCAUUGUAUUACGAAAACGUGUCGUGCAACGAAACGAUAUUUCCACUUUAGUGGCCACUUUUUCUAUAAACUCCCCUCUCUCUAUCUGAUGCAAUAUCGCAGUAAAUUGAUCGAUUUAAUCGAAUAUUUAAGCAUAAUACAAAUUCAUAGUAUUUAACAUAAGAAAUUUGACCUAAACAAUUGGAUUAUAUAUAUAUAGAAUAUUAAAAGAACAAAAUUUUUAUUAUUUUAAGAGCGAUAGAUAAUCUCGAAAUAUUCGGUCGAAUAGUAACACAAACACAUAGAGGAGUUCAUUUAUCUUUUCUUUCGUUGGACACCUCAAAUUCCGAGGUAGUGAAUGGUAAAUUGAAUUAAAAUUUCAAACAAUAAAUACGCACAUGUGUUUGAGAAAAACACAAUUAUUGAUUUGGUCCAAACGACAUCGUAAUAUUUACCAAUACAAUGUUGACUGCUCACUAAAACCAAUGCAUUUAUCCUAUUUGAAAAGAAAAAAUCAUAUAGAAAAGACAUUUAUUUCAUAUUCAUAAACCAAAUGUACUAAUUUUAAUGUGUUGUUUCAAAGCACUUAUUUAAAAAGUAACCGAAAAAAAAUGUGAAAUGAUACACACGUAAUUCAGACAAAUGCAUUUAAAUUAUUAUAAUCUCACGUGACAAAAGUAUGAUUGAUAUUGAGAUAGACAAAAUGAUGAUAAUUGUAUCUAUUCUUUGUGUACCGUUUAUAACGAUAUUAUAGCAACAAUAGAAUAAGCGCUGCCAAAGCAAAAGUUCUAUUGAACACUGUCAUUGUAUUCGCGUUUUAUGCUAUUUAGAGAUUGAAGAAACAAAUGUGACCACUGAACAGUGGGACUCUUAUCAGAAAUUCGACCUGUUACUGCCACUGCAAGUAAAAAAACCCAAAAAGAAAAAAAA